UAGAUAGCACCCUGAACUCCUUGGCAAUAGGGGCGUUGACAAGGCGCCGCCGAUUGUGGGUUAUACCGCACGAGGCAAUAUAUUUAUCAAUCAUGAGCUCUUUUGACGUUGGUGAGCUUACGGAGGCGCUCGUGGAGGAGGUGCGGAGACGCAUCGGCCCAAUGUUUGCGUAACGCUUGGGCGUUUCCGUUUGCUGACUGAGGCCCCACGCUGCUGUGGCCUGCAGAGCGAUUAUGAUUAUUGGAGUGCAUACUACGAUGCCGAAGACGAGUGGUGUCGCCGGGAGGACGAGUACCACGCGGCCUUUGAUGAUCACUUGGACGAGUGGGAGGACGAGUACUACGCGGCCUUUGAUGAGGUGCCCAGCCACUCCCGUCCCGCCAAGCCGGCUGCCGAAAUGGUGCCCACCCUGAUCCAGGUGCACAAGCCCACGGAGAACAGUGACGACAACCAGCGCGGCGUUCUGGAAAAGAUGCUCCCUGGCAGCAAGGCCUACGAGCGCUACUUCAAUGGACAGCUGCGGCUGCUCAUCUCCCCCGCCGGCGGGUCCGCGGCGGAGCAGCAGGCUAAGCAGGCCGCCGUCGCCACCAAUCUCAUCCACGGCCUGCUGGGCAAAUGCCCGCUCAUCAAGGUGUACCGCAUCCACAAGGGCGGCAGCUUCGGGCGCCGCACCCUCGUGAGCGGCGCACAUGAUGUCGACCUGUCGGUCUUCGUGAUUAAGUUCCAGGAGCGGGCACUGAAUUACGAGGACUGGAGCGGCGAGGCGGGGGAGCGGCUGCAGCGCGACAUGCAGCGGGCCGUGGCGGCGUACCUGCGGGGACAGGAGGAGCUGCACGAUGUGGUGGAGGUGGAGCACGGCACGCACUACAAGCACUGCGUCAACCUCAAGGUGCACGGUGUGGACAUGGACAUCAAGAUGACGGCCAUCGUCCCUCUGGGAGGCAACGGUGGGCGCGACAACGGCAAGGCGCAGCGCGACGUGCUGAUGCAGGCGCUGUGGGACACGCCGCCGCACCUGCGCCAGGCGGACCCGGCGCGGGAGGCGGCGCUGGCGGAGGCGCUGACGGCGGUGGUCAAGGAGAUUUCGGAUCGUAUCAAGUUUGUGGCGCGGUUGGUCAAGUGCUGGUACAAGAACUCCCUGCAGCGGUACAUCCCCUACGUGCCCAGUGUGCUGCUCGAGACAGUGGUGCUGGCGGCGGCGCAGCGCAAGGGCCUGCUCAGCCCCGGCAAGCAAGAGUCCGGAGCCGAGGUGGCCGUUUUCCUGGCGGCCCUGGAGUUGCUGGACGCGGCUGUGACCCGCCGGGAGGUGGUGCUGCUGGAGGCGGGGCCGGUGUGGGGCUACACCCGGGCGCAGGCGGAGAGCUGCAGGCACGUGUGGCGGAAUGACCCCGUUGUGGUGCUGCACCCCAUCGACCCCACCUGCAACCUGGCGGCGUGCCCCCAGCCCGACCGCGCUGUGGACUGGUCGGCGCUGGCGGCUGCGGCCCGCGCGCUGCGGCGGGUGGUGCGGGACUGCAACAUGCUGGAGCUGGUGGCCAGCAGCUCGCUGGCAGCCGCCAUACGGGUGCAGCUGGCGCCGUGAUCCUCAUUGCCAUGCGGCGGACAGAAGGUCGCCUUGCGUGUUGAAGAAGGUAUGACAGAUUCUUAGUAAACAUAGCGGCGGCACCUGCAAUUACUGCGGUCAAGUAAAUGCCGACUGCGGCGUGAGGGCAGCACCAUGACGAGUGGGGACUGAGUCUUGAGGGUGGAGGCGCACUGCGGUACGGACACGCAUGGGGGGUUUCGCCUUUCACAAUGUGGCUGCGUAAUGUGUUGAUGAAGCCCCAUAGGAUCGCCCCUGUCCAUGCCUGCCUGCGUGCGUGCGUGCCUGACUGGAGGGCCUGGCCCCACCAGCAGCAGCAGCAGCAGCAGCAGCAGGAGCGGCAGCAGCAGGAGCAGCGGCACAGGGCCUGGCGGCAGUGGCCCUGGGCCCAGCAGUUGCGGCGUGCACGUGCAUAGCGGAGGGGCGAGCAAGGCCACGUGGAGGAGGACAGCGCGGCGCCGCCCAAGAAGCGGCGCCGGCGCGCAGGUUCAGGCUGGUCGGUGUCUGGUUAGGGUCUUUGCUGGCGAGCACAGCAUCGUGCAGUUUGUGGUAGGCUGCAGCAGUGAAAAGCGUUGUGGGUAGAGGAUUUUCUGCUGUUUGUUUGAUUGCUGGCUGUGCUUUUGCUGGGCAGCGGGACGUGGGCGGACGCAUGGCGGGCCCUGCCUGUACGAACCGACCCCGGCUAUGUCCAGGAGAGGAGGUAGACGCUUGCGGCCUCAGACUAGAGACGUGACAUGGGUGCAGCACUGCAGCCCACUUUUCCCGUGCGAGAGGAACCACACAUCUUGUCCAACAUGCUUGUUUGUGCUUGUUUGAUUUUUCUCAGUGUUC